CAACAUCGACGUACCGAAUGUUCGAUGAGCUACCCAGUCGAAGGUGGUGUCGGUUGAAAACAUCGUCGGGACGCUCCUAUUUAUCCCAGUGAACAUUUUACCAGCAACCUAGAAAACCUCUCUGCUGUACAGUGAUCUCUGCUAUCUGGAACAAUGAGACCAAAGAUGAGAAUCCACGCGAAUUGAAUUACUAACGGUAGUUGAUUACCAAGCAGAAAAUCAUUAGUCUCGAAUUAAAUUAACCGCCUUGAUGAAGUGUCCCGAAUUGUUUAAAAUUUUGAGAAACGGUUGAAAUAAAAAGUCAGUCGCGUUGUUGAAAUGGCAAAAGCGGUGUGUUCGGUGAUCCGUGAACAAGCAACUAGCCAUACAUCCUGACUUUCCGUUUUAGAUCGAUCGAUCGCGUCUGGAUCCCAUUUCCGAUGAGAAGGAACAACGAUUUCGAGAAAGUUCGACGACUUUCUCGAUCUGUUCGACCGAUUUUUUAGUUCAGUUUUGAAAGCGCAAACAUGACGAUCGCGGGAACAUUGAUCCUCGCAUUGAUCGUUUGCUCGUUCGUGCGGCCAAGCUUUAACAAAUAUUUGGAGGGUAUGAACGUGAACUUGGGAGACGCUCUGCAGUUUCUCAGAGAAUACGACAGCGAGGCUUCUACUAUGUGCGCGAGAGUGAUAACGGCUCAAUGGAACUUUGCUACAAACGUCACCGACGUCAAUCGACGACGAAUGUUGGACGAACAGACGUUGAAACUGAAAUUCGAUAGAAUCUCCUGGCGCAAAGCUGUCAGCUUUGCUUGGAGUCGAAUACCGGAUCCCCUCGCGAGAAGGGAACUCAAAAUGAUUGCUGUGAAAGGCCGAAAUUCCCUGACCGACGACAAAUUUAACGAGCUACACAGUUUACUUGUGGAGAUGAAAGAAAUAUACGCAAGAACGAGAUUGUGCCCCUACAAAACCAUAGGUGGAGAUUGCGAUUUGAGUUUGGACCAUGACGCUGGGAAGAUAAUGGCGCGAUCGAAGGACUAUGACGAAUUGCUGUACUACUGGCACGCCUGGCACGAAGCAACUGGGCCUCAGCUUAAGAACAAAUACAUGAGAUAUGUUCAACUGGCGAAUCAAGCAGCCAGAUUGAACGGAUUCGAGGAUGCGGGCGACCAAAUGAGGGAACUCUUCGAAGACGAGUACUUUCAGCAGAAUACAGCGGACGUUAUGUCGUCCGUGAUGCAUCUGUAUAAGAAUCUCUUCACAUACGUGAGAACGAAAUUGUUCGAAAGGUAUGGAGAGAAGAUAAGAAGAGACGGACCACUUCCGGCGCAUAUUUUGGGUAACAUGUGGGCUCAGAACUGGGAGAACAUAUUCGAUGUGGUGCAACCAUUCCCAGCGAGUAGAAAACUGGAUGUCACUUUGGACAUGAUGAUUCAAGGAUUCACUCCUUUGAGGAUGUUUCAAAUAGCAGAGGAGUUUUUCACUUCUCUGGGAAUGAAACCGAUGCCACCCGAGUUCUGGAGAUUCUCGAUGUUCGAAAAACCUAUCGAGAGAGAGGUGAAAUGUACCCCUAGCGCGUGGGACUUUUGCAACAGAAUCGAUUACAGGAUAAAGCAAUGUACGAGGGUCACGAUGGACGAUCUGUUAUCGACCCAUCACGAGAUUGCGCGUUUGCAAUAUUAUCUGCAGUAUAGGGAUCAACCGUUAUUGUUUCGAAACGAAGCAAUUCCAGGAUUCUUCGAAGCAGUCAGCGAUGCCAUUGAACUCUCUAUCGUUACGCCCCAACAUUUGAGUAAAAUCGGAUUAUACGACAACUCUACGGAUGAUUACGGGAGCAGCGUCAAUUUCUUGAUGUUAAUGGCUCUGCGUAAAGUAGCCUACAUCCCGUUUGCUUAUAUAGUCGAUGAGUGGAGGUGGCACGUCUUCAACCAUGGUGUCGCAGAUAUGACAAACAAGUGGUGGGAAUUGAGGCUACAGUAUCAAGGAAUUGUACCACCAGUACCAAGGUCUGAAAGAGACUUUGAUCCUGCGUCGAAAUACCAUAUUCCUGCGGACGCUCUUUAUGCCAAGUACUUCGUUGGUGUCGUAUUACAAUUUCAAUUAUUCGAAUCUCUGUGCGAGAUAGCAGGUCACACUGGUGAUCUACACACUUGCGAUUUUUAUAGAUCACGAGAGGCUGGCAGAUUGCUCUCCGACGUAUUAUCAAUGGGUUCAUCCAGAUCGUGGAAGAACGUUGUACGACAAAUGACAAGAGGCAGAACAAAUAGAAUGGACGCCGGUGCCAUGUUGAGGUACUUCGAGCCGUUGAAUCAAUGGUUGAAGCGGCAAAACGAAAUGGAACCAGUUGUCGGUUGGAUCGCGAAUCGCGAAGACACGGCGCUGUUUUUUCACUGGUACCAAAAUGGCGCACAAAAAGUCACCUCGUUCUUACUUCUUCCAUUGAUCAUAACAGCUACACAAAUUUCGAUAUAUUAACAGAAAUACAUCAUGAUAGAAAUAGCAAA